AUGUUUUCGUAUGGAAAAGAAAACACCGUUCCGGUGACUCCCGUGCCUCAAAAACAUGAUGGUAGAUUAGAAGAAGCUAAAAAUGCUUCGCUGACCUCGAAAAAAACAGCGAAUGGCACGCCAACGGGUAGAACUGCAUCAAGAACCAUUCUAGGAGGGAAAAGCACAAACAUUCGCAAAACGCACUCUGUUGGAGACGAUGUUUUUACCCCUUCUUUGAUUCCAUCUGCUCCUUCUCUCUUUAAGCCUUCUCCAAUGGAUAUUUCUAUGGAUUCUCUAAGCUCUCUGCAAACGCCUUCCUCAACCAAAGAUGAUUCCAUGAUUCAUGAAUCUCCUGAUAGAAAAGGAAAUGCUGAGCAAACAUUUUUCAAUCAAGAUACGCAGCAGGAUACGACUACCCAGCAUCACAUCUCCAUUGACGAUGGCGAGGCCGAUGACUUAGAAUACAUGCCACCAACAGCAUCCUUGGAUCCACUUGCUAAUUUAGGACUGGAAGAUGUAUCCAUUGAUUUUCGUCAACUCGGUAAAUGCUGGACCGCAGAUCUUGCUCCACCUGGUCAAACAGCUGUUGGAGAGCAACGUUCUGUUCGUCCACCGGUGAGCAAGAGUUCUUCACUGAACCGAUCGCCUGCAUUUCGGGUAUUUGAAGAAACGCCGUCCUCAAAAAACGGUAGCAACGCCGCCGCUGUGGAGAAACCCAAUGAAGAGGAUAACGAUGAAAGAUUAGAAAACAUUGAGCUUCCCUUGUUAGAUCUCGACAGUGGGGCCCCUCUCACAGAAAGGAACCCAAACAUUGUUUCCAGGGCUGCAAACGUCGACACGUCCAAGAAGCCUGCUGUUGCUCCUAUACCCAAAACGCAACCCCUGAAGUCUCGUAUUCGAAAACCGACUUCUGGUUCUUUCUCUACAACUCGAAAACCUCUUCGGCGCCCAUUGGUCAACUCGAGAGGUCUGCAUUCACGUCUUUCACGGACUCCAUCAGAAACACUGUCGUCUUCUACUCGGCGGCAUCCGACAGCCCUUAAGAUCGACUGUUCGUCUUUGGACGCGGACCUCUUGUAA